UGCACUUCAAGCAGCAUCAUUUGAAUCACAGUCUUGUUUUAGUCAGCGUUAAGUAGUUUAGGUAAUAAGACUGAGCCAGGGGACAGCCAUGUCAUUUAAGUUCCUCUUACUGCUUGUAGCUACUGCUGGAGCAGAGAGUGUUAAUGAUUCUCAGAACGAAUCCACGAGUCAGAAUAUUCGAGAGCAGAUUCAGCAACAGAUUGAAGAUCUUCAGCAGCGAUAUAUCAUCGACACAAGUGACCAAAGAAAAGUUGAACCAGUAGGAUACGAAUUUGCCUAUUCCGUAUCGGAUCCAACAACUGGUGAUUUCAAAAGUCAAGAAGAAUCGAGUCGAAAUGGCAAAGUAAGAGGACAAUUCUCGUGGGUUGACGCGAACGGAAUACGACAAAUUGUCAACUAUCGGGCGGAUGACCGCAACGGAUUCAACUCUGAGCAUCGCCGUGAGCCAGCCAUCACAUCGAGACUAACGCCGGUCUUACAUCUCGUCCCCGCACCAAUAACUCCACUCUAUACUAUUGAUACUGUGAUUGCACCCGUUUACACUUCAGCAGCACGCGUGGAAAACCUAUCUAAUCGUAACCACGAUAACCGAAAUGAACCAAAAACUCGCAUAGAUGAUCGCAACAGCAGCGAGAACCGCGAUGAUCGUGAAAAAAGUGAUAAAAGCGACGAAGGUGAUAAAAAUACUGAUACUGACACCAGUUCCGCACCGAAUGGUGGCAACAGUCGGGAGGAUACUGAUAACCGUGGGACUCGUGAUGGUCCACAACCCAACAACGAAGUCCGACGAGGUCGCGAUUCAUUGCCCCAGUCAGAGGUACGAUUCCAGGAUCCCGUUGUCAGUUACCAGUACAAAAGCUAAUCCCGCCUAAAACUGUCACUAGUAUGUAUAACCCCAGCAAACGCAAGUACUCUUCAACGCUCUAAUGUAGUUUAAUAUGCAUGUCAAAGUAGUAGUUCAUUGAACACGAAAUCAAA